AUGGCGCCUCUCGCUGGCCAAAAGAAAAACAAAGUAGAACUUAGAGGUGUACCCCAAUUUCCUAAUCGUCUACCCUUCUAUCGCUUCCCUAGUUCCCCCAACUCCCCAAGCCCUAACUCAGCUGACAGCAAGACUCCGCCUCCGCCCUUGCCGAGUCCCGACCACAAAGCUGCUGUCGACGACACCGGAGGACUCCGCAUCUCCUCUCCGGAGAAGGAGCUAAUUGAGAGGCAUCACACAUGGCUUAAUGACGAGUUAACUACCAAAGUCAAUGAUCUCAUAAACCUUCGUAAAACUCAUUCCAAACUUGAGGCAUACAUGUCUGUUAAACUUUCUGAUGUAGAGAGGAAGUUCAGUGAAAGUUCUAGCUCUUUGACAUGGUACAAGGACAGAGUAAGGGAGCUGGAUUUGAAGUUGGCAUCCUUGGAGCAGGAGCUGUUAUCAUCAAAGGAUGCAGCUUCUAGGACAGAGGAACAAUCAUCUGCUAAGAUUUCUACUUUAAACAAGCUUGUGGAACUAUAUAAAGAGAGCUCGGAGGAGUGGUCUAAAAAGGUAGGUGAACUUGAGAGCGUGAUUAAGGCAUUGGAAGUGAGUUUGCUUUGCAGUUGGUUAUUUAAAUGAAACUCAUAGUAGAAGCAAGAUGAUGGGCUUUGUGAUGCCUUCCUACGGGUCUAAUGAGACCAUUUAACCUUUGUUUGUUUAUUAUAUUAGUGCUAUCCUUUUUAAUAGUGCAAAAAUGUACUCACUUUUUACAUGUAGUUCCAACAAGUUGAUUAUGACAACGGUUUUU